GCAAGAGAAGGAGGAUGUGCGGGAUUCGUCAUACCCUUACAAAUGAAGGGAACAAUUAAGAUCCUAUGAGGGAACUUUUUUCUUUUAAAGUAGUACCUGACAGCACGGUGAAAGGGUAAAAUUUGUUGAUGUUGACCAACGUUUAUUUGUAAAACUGCAAUGGCUGCCCGAGAAAGGACCACACCUGCUGUGGCAAAAGGCUCUGGAUUCUGGCAUGUUCCCAUUGUAACUGAAUAUAGCCAGGAAACACAGAAACUAUUGAAAGUGAUGAUGCAAGAAUCCAAACUUACCAGCUUCCAGCAACGUCAUCUCACAAACUGCAUAAAGCGAGGUGACUCCCUUCCUGAUAAAUGCUACCCAACAUCCAGCAAAGAACCAGAGCUUCCCAAGCCUGUCUCACCACCAAAGGUUUUUUUGUCCAUCAGUCCAUAUGGAAGACCUCAUCUCCGGCCUGCUGCGAUGUGCCGGGCAGGCGAUGCAUACACCCGGGAGAAAUUCAGGCCCCAGGCCACCCGAGACCUGGAGAAGGAGAAGGAAAGACUCCAAAACAUUUUUGCAACGGGAAAGGACAAAGUUGAAAAAAAGCCGAAGAAAGAGCCAGUCAAGGUAGAAGAGAAGGUCCCAGAACCAGACCGGUUUGAAGAAUUGGUUAAUGAAGUUCAAGAUCGAAAGAGGUUUCUGGAAGAAAUGGAGGCCCUGGGACAAGACAAAUUCUACCGAGGGAUCAUCCUCACUGAAAUAUCACAGAAGGUACGAGAGAUGGAGAUCAUCGACAAGCAGAGAAGUGCGGAACUGAAAGAGGCGAUGGCUAAAUCCUACAAUAUAGGCAACAAACCUGCCCCUGAAUGCACAAGUCAAGAAGACCAGUAGUCCUUUUCCACUCCGGAACAUGAUUAUUGCACAAGGGUGCCAGAACUAGGCUUUCCACAAGAGUUUCAGAAAUGGCUCUUAGCCCUUAAGUGGCAAAUGGAAGAGUUUCAGUGUCCCCAGGGGCUUUGUUUUUUGCAGGAACUCAAAAUAUUCUAUUUUCAUAGCCUUUAACACCAAGAGGUCUUUUCAAGGGUGUGGUUUAAAAGCAGCCAUGGGAUUAAUGCCUGGCUACAGUAAAGGGCAUGAAUGGGCAUUUCCUCUUUAAGCAGACCAGCAAGGGGUAUAAGUUCCAAACACCUAUCUAGUCUCAAUGUGAAACAUAACAGUAUGCAGUUUUCUAGAAGGCUGUGCUUCUGCUUGUUAAAAUCAGAACAGCCUGUUAUAGGAAGUGUUUGGGUCAAAUGCUUCUAAGCUCAUAUCCUUUACUUUUCACACGUUUUACUGUGAAAGCUGAAAGUUAAUGCUGCCGUCUCUUACAAUCUUGUGUACAAUUAUACCUGACAAAUA